AUGUCUGAGAGUUUGUUCCAGUGGUGUGUGGAGCAGCUGCACCACAGGUUCGGGCUGGAGGCCUGCGAAGACAUCGUCAAAUACAUCCUGACGAUCGAGAACCGCGAGGAGCUGGAGGAGUAUGUGGGAGAUCUGCUUCAGGGAACUGACGGCAGGAAGAGACACUUCCUGGAUGAGCUGCUGAAGAGAUGGGAGCGGAGCCAGAGACCCAGCGUGGAUCCUGCUGGGCUGUUUGUGCGCACCGAGUCUGCCCCCUCUGCUGCUGAUUUUGAGAGGAAAGCUGUGCUGGGUGUGUUGGGCGAGAAGCCUCAGCCCCCCGUGCUACAGACAUGA